AUGUCUGAGUAUGCCUUCAAAGCCAUCACAGCUGCAAAUAUCACAUCACUUGGAAUCCGAGGCAAGAACUGCGCCGUGAUUAUAUCCCAGAAGAAAGUUCCGGACAAGCUCAUUGAACCAUCCUCUGUAUCCCAUGUCUUCAAGAUUUCCCCAUCUGUUGGAUGUGUCGUAACUGGCUCUAUAGCCGACGGCAGAGCACAAGUUACUCGAGCACAAAGCGAGGCUGCGGAGUUUGAGUACAAAUUCGGAUAUGAAAUGCCCUGUGAUGUUCUUGCAAAGCGACUUGCCAACAUCAACCAGGUGUACACACAAAGGGCCUACAUGAGACCACUGGGUAUUGCAACAACUCUAAUUUCAGUUGAUUCUGAAAAUGGUCCUCAGCUAUUCAAGUGUGAUCCCGCCGGGUAUUAUGCUGGAUACCGCGCCACCGCCUCAGGACCUAAGCAGCAGGAGGUCACAAACCUACUGGAGAAGAAGCUGAAGAACAAAGAAGAUGGGGGUGCAAGCUGGGAGGAAGUUGUGGAGCUGGCAAUAACAACAUUGGGGACUGUGUUGAGUGUUGAUUUCAAGAAAGGUGAGAUAGAGGUUGGCAUUGUUGGUGGACCCCGUGCAGAUGGCAAUGAAGGUACACAAACCGCCUUCCGCACGUUGACUGAGGAUGAGAUUGAAGAACGGCUACAGGCCAUCAGUGAAAGGGAUUAA